GCUCACUGCCGCACCAACCGCGACACGCAAACACCCGCUUCCAUCGCGUCUAACGCCAACACACAACUCCUCACCACCAACUAACAUGGGUUUCGAAGACCAAGUCCAGAAAGUCGGCGACUGGGGCCUCGAGCACAUCGCGCACGCCCCCAAGGAUCGCCCCCACGCCGACAACCACCCCGGCUGGGGCAUCUCCGGCGAUGCCCACCACCCCGCUCCCGCUUCCAAGAAGAACUCCAAGGAGUCCUCCCGCAAGUCCAUGGACCUCUACCCCACCGGCAGGCGAUCCUUCGAUAUGUCCAACAACAUCGUGGGCAAGGCGCUCGACGCCGACGUCAAGACCCAGCAGAACCUCGACAAGGAGGGUCUCUCCGCGUUCAUCUGAGCUCGCGACUGCGCUGUACUGCACGAGCCGGACGACCCCCGUGUACGAAUCACCACGAAAUGUAAGACUGAACGCUGUAUGAGAUAAGGGCCGCGGCCGGCUCGCCACGAGAAAUUCGAGAAGAUUACGAUGACGAAGAUAUGCACGGAACACGGCGGCGGAUGUACCACCGAACCCGAAGACCGGCGCGCGACUGUACCAAAAACACUGUAUCAAGCCGCGGCGCUCUGGUCGUUCUUUAGUUCGUAGACGCUGUGUAGUUUUCUAUAACAGACCAAAAGAGAUGUGCAAACCGUC